AAAGAUGAAUCAGAAACGUUUGAUGGCAAAGAGAAGGGGAAUUUCUCAAAGAACAACUUUUCAUUUUAAUAAACAGACUGUAGGAAAAACUUUGGAUGGAAAGAAAAUGAAUCUAAAAUUAGACGUCUGAAAACCAUAUACUGCUAAAGAGGUAAAAGAAAGGAUAGAUCCCCAACUGCAGAUUAAGCUCUAAAUUUCUUCUAUAAUCCCUACAACAACUCAGUCGUAUUCGGAAAGUACAUGACAUUCAAAGAUCUCUACAAGGAUACUGACUUUGAAGACCCAUGGAUCCAGAGCUUAAUCAAAAAGUCCAGAAGACUAGAUUAUCACCGCAAGCCCACUCUGAAAAGAAGAGGAUCUAAAAAUAUCAGCUCAAGUAAAAAUUCUACCCAGAUGAGAGCACUCCAAUCAACGCUGGCUAAAGUUAUUGUGAAAAAGUUAAACAAGAACUCGAAAUCUUUUGGGUCUGACCACAGUUGCAUGAAGAAUCCAAAUAAUCAAAUCCAGACGCUUAGAAAGAAGAAGGUCCGGAUCAACCAUAAGCUACGAUUAAUGAGCUCCCCUGAUAUUAGAAGGACGAAAACCAAAUAACCAUCAGAAUACUAGAAGGGAUAUCGAAUUUGAUAACUUUUUCAAAAUUGGCCAGUUAGAGGAUGAUAAUGAGAAUACCAAAUAGAGUGGACCAAGAAAGCAUUUUCUCUAAAAUCCCACAAGAAAGUUCCUCUGUUACGUCUGGUAACGAAACUGACCUGAAGAUAGCGGUUUCCAAGGGGAAGGACGAAGGAGCACAGAGAGUGAAGAAGAGGAAUUUAGUGAAGGGGCUGAAGAAGCCAAGGCUGUUCUCACCCCAGCCAGCGAAGAAAGUGGAUAAGCAACAUAAACGGCUUUUUAGCGCAGACCCUGAUCGAAGAAGGCGAAAGGUUGAUAAGAGACAGUGUUUUUCAGCACUGUCUGAACGCAUCAAGGUGAAGAAUAGAGAAGACCAAAGAAAUAAAAAUAAAAUCAAUCAGAUUCAAGGCAUGAUUACCAACUUUACCAGGAUUACUACUCCUGAGAGUCAUACCCGAAAUUUGAAGUAUUAUACAGUCAACCAGGAUGGUGUUAAGGAGAAGAAAACUCUGUGUGAAAGCUGACUUAAGAAAUGGUUUUCGUAG